UUUUUGAUUGACAGCUCCAUAUUUUUUGAGGUUUUUUCUGGUUGGCUCCAGAAAGGACAAAAACGGGGCAAUCUAAAAGAAAGAGGUAGAGAAAAUAUAAACGCCAGUGCAAAGAAGAGUCCACGAGCACUGGCUGCCAUCCAGAGUCAAAGUUAAGGAAAAUAGAUUUUUCCAAGGCAAAGGAGUCACGACUUUUGGAUUUUUGUCUACAUUUUACGGAAGUUGCGCACGCGAACAUUACAUUUAUUGCAUAAGAGAUAACAUAAGCAAUUACCAUGACAUCUGAAAUGCAGGAGAUUGCCAUCACAGAAGAAAACCCUUUACUGCCAGGUCAAUCGGACCCUGGGAAGGAAGCAGAGAUUGCAGCCAGGAUACUGUUGAACAAAGGCCAGGAACACAGUAUUGAGACCCCCAAUGGUUUGCUUCAUGUGACGCUUCAUGCCACUGGAAAUACACGUCGACCAGCUAUACUGACCAUCCAUGACGUAGGAAUGGAGAGUAAAAGCUGUUUCUCCACUUUGUUUAACUUUGAGGAGAUGCAGGAGAUUGUGAAGAACUUCACUGUGGUCCACGUGGACAUUCCAGGACAAGAAGAGGGGGCAGCAGAUUAUCCUGCAGGAUAUCAGUAUCCGAACAUGGAUCAAAUUUCUGAUAUGCUUCCUGCUGUCCUACAAUAUUUCAAUUUCCGGACAGUUAUCGGUGUUGGUGUAGGAGCUGGAGCUUACAUUCUGUCUAAGUUCACUAUAAGUAAACCUGAUGUUGUGGAAGGUCUUGUUCUAAUCAAUGUUGACAUGAAUGCACGAGGUUGGAUGGACUGGGCUGCCCAUAAGCUCUCCAACCUGACGUCUUCCCUUUCUGACCAAAUUCUGAAUCAUCUCUUCAGUCAGGAAGAGAUUUCAGCAAAUACAGAGCUCAUUCAGUCUCACAAAGAAAGAAUCAUUAAAGCACCCAACCUCAACAACAUUGAACUCUUUUGGAAAAGUUACCUUGGGCGCGGAGAUCUGAACAUUGACAGAAACAACAGUUUCAAGUGUCCUGUUAUGUUGGUGGUUGGUGAUCAGGCACCCCAUGAGGAUGCUGUAGUGGAGUGUAACAGCAAACUAGAUCCAACUACAACCUCAUUCCUCAAGAUGGCCGAUGCUGGUGGUAUGCCACAGCUUACCCAGCCCAGUAAACUGACAGAAGCUUUUAAGUACUUCAUCCAGGGAAUGGGAUACAUGGCUUCAUCCUGCAUGACUCGUCUCUCCCGUUCACGCACCACUUCUCUGUCCUCCUCUUUCUCAAUGGAGGGGUCGCGUUCCCGAUCCCGGACGCUGUCCCAGGGCUCACUGGGUGGACAGUUCCCUCCAAGUCCAUCCCAUUCCACGGAGAUGUCUUGUUGAGCCAGGGAGGAGAGGGAUGGAUUGAUGCGUGUUUGAAAGUUUGAGUAAUUCGACUGGUUGAAAGAGAUUUGCCAGGUUGGUUUAAGGAGAUAGCUAAUGAAUAAAAAUGAGUCCUCCUUUAAAGCUGGCAAAACAAAAUCUUUAUCAGUAUUUUUGUCUUAUUUUAGAAAAAAAAACUAUACAUUCAUACUUAAAUUCCACAUAAACUAUAUGUCUUGAAUGCAGGUUGAAUCUCAUUUUAUCUUCACAAAUAAACAUAUUACUAAACAUAUUACUGAGGCGUAUGGUGAAAUCAUAUCAAAUAAUUAUUUGAAUGCAAGUCUGCAGUCUUAUUUUACAUAGUUUCUUUCAACGUUUAGGAGUGUUUAUAUGUUUUUCUUUUAAAACAAGAUGAAAAUACUGAUUAAGAAAAUUAUUUUUGUAGGGUACUAACUGGUCUGGUAUAUGAUAGAGCCCUUUAACCUCUGUAACAUGGGCAACACCUUUAGUAAGACCCAAACGUAGUGUUAAUCAAUUUUCAUAUUAGAAGUAUAAUUUGUCUCGACGAUACUAAUAACCAAAAUUAUUUUAACAAUUUUUUAUUAUAAUUACUCAUUACAUUUCUAAACAAAACCAUAUAGAAAAGAAUAUAUAUAAGGUCAUAAUGUGUGUCUAUAUAAUGUUUUUCUUUUUUGUUAUACAGUCCUGCUGCUGUGAAAGGGGUACUAUGUUUUUGUCUAUACUUGUGUGAUUAUAAGACACUUGUGGGAAUCUUUUGUUUUAGAUUAAAGUAUUAGCCUUGGGCAGUAACAGCCACCUCAUGUCUUCCACUUUCCCUUAAAUAUAAAUACAAAGCAAAACAACAGCAAAAUAUUGCAAUUGUAUUUAACCUUGAUUUGGUUGUGGUCCAUAUUUGCCUGUUGUGAAUUGCAUGCCCAAAUUGUAGACCAUGUUCGGUCUACAGUUUUUAAUCUUUUUUGUUUGUUUUUUAAACUGUGUGUGUGUGCCUGUGUUAGAAAAAUAGACAAGAAAAGGGUAACGUUUAUUCCAGACGUGUCCAAAUGUUGUUCCUUAAAGUCAGCACAAAUCCGUGUUCACAAACCAUUUUACUUUCAUAUUAUGAAAGUGACAAAAGAGUUUAACAUAUCAGAAUAUAUCCUGGUGAUUGGAGGGUAUUGGCUGAAAAGUAUCAUGAAUUUAAUUGUGUGAUAGGAAAAAUAUUGUGAUGUCAGCUAAAAUGUUUAAAAGGCAGAGCAAGUAUUGCUUUUUUAAACUAAGUGCACAUUUGUUUCUUUAAAAUAAUUGUAUAUUGUACACAAUAAUACCAGAAACAUGUACUGAAACAAAUAGGGUCAAUUUGCAUUUCAUGUUGACUUCUGAAGGCUUACAGAGGUGCUGCAGUUGUUCUGCCAGCCAGUGGUUGUUCAAUAAACCAUCAGUGUCAUAACCAAGUGAAUGCAUUUACAUGUAAACAUUGGAAAGCACAAACAUUUCUAUGUUAAUGGUUGACAUGUAAAUAAACAACUGCACAAAAAUAAAGCCAAAAGUGCAUUUACAUGUAAACUAAAUUUGGAACAGUGGGCAAAAAUAUUUGUUUAUUGAUUUGGGUGCUACUUCACUUGACUGCCCAUAGGAUAUUUAUUUUCAUAGCCUAAAAUAAUUCGCAAAUAUAUUUAAGUAUGAACUUUAUCUCUGUUUUGUAUCUACAUCUUCAAUGGCUUUUGAUUGUAAACUUUUACAUUUUAGCAAAUCUGAGCAUAGAUGGGUCAAAGACAAAACCAAACUGUUCUGUUUGCAUUAAAUUAAAUAGAAUAUUUUUAUAAUAUAAAUAAUAAUUACUAUACAUAGUAAUUUUAUAUAGAUAAAACACCAAAUGCAAGUAAAGAGUCUGCUUUAAUGCUUAAAAAGGUUUAGUGAAAAAUUAUUGAAAGAGUCGUGGGAUAUAACACGUCCCAAAUACUCGUUUUGUGUGAGGUCAUGCAGUGUAACAUGAUCAGGAAGCUAUUUUAAAGUCCUAUUAAUAGGUUAUUCAGCAGUCUGUGACAAUUGCUGUUGUGCUGCGGCGAGGUCAGGUUAUUGUUCGUAGAUAUUUGAUCAUUUCACCUUUUCAUGGUGUGGUAACAUAAGUUACAAAACAAAUGUAAUGCCAACAAACAUUGUCAUCCAUUACACUAAAAGAAUAUCACUGUAUCAAUAACAAUUUAACACUAUUUAGAUUUUAGGUAUAUGAUGCAUGUUUAACACUGACAAAUAGUGAAUAUUAUAAAUAUAAAAAUUGUAAUAUGUGAGGUUUUAUUUAUGAUAUUGCAUUUUAGAUGUCCAUGAACAAACAGAAGAUUGCUAGGCACCAGCAAAAUGCAAAUGCAGAUCAAUUAGGGCGGCGCUUUUACAACAAGAAAGAUAUUGCAGAUAACAAUGUUUCUAGACAACGAGUCACCCUCCAUAUGUCACUAGUUUAAGGGAACCAUGGGGGUGAUGUAAUUUAUGUUAGAACAGUUUAUAUUCAUGUCAGAAAUUUAAGAAAGCAACCUAUUUUGGGUGAAAAUCCUGAUUGUCAUUCAUUGCAAUAAUGGGAAUAAUACCAAUGCUUACUCCUUUUUUGACCAAACGUAAUUUUGUGUGAUAUCAUGGGGAUUCAGUGUUAUAGAUUUAUUUAUUUAAAAACGAAACAAACUUAUUCUGACCUGUCCUUCAUAAAAUGUAUGAAAAGAAUAGAUGAUCAUAUAAAAUUUUAUUGAAUUUUUAAUAAUUUUCACUUACUUACAAAACUUCUUGCUGACAAAUGGGUGAAACUUUUUCAGGUUUUAAGGAUAUUGUCAAAGUAUAGAGAUUUAACAAUAUUUUUAUAUUCUACAAUAAAUUAGUAUUUAGGGUCUACACUGUGAUCCAUAAAAAGGGACUUUUAAUAUGUCAUCAAAGGAUUUUUUUGUUCAAGGCAUUUUGUGGUCUUUAAAGUUUUAUAACCCUUAAUUAGUUUUAAAGUUUGAAAAACGCGUUUUCGUCUUUGACCCAGAUAUGUGACCUAGUUUGUUAAAACCCAGCUAAAGUAUUUUCUUAUUGACCUACUGAUAUAAAUUGAUUUAUUGAUAUAAAGAUCAAACAUUGUAUUCAUAGUGAAAUCAAUUUGUUAAAUCAAACUAUGAUGCUCCUAAUCUCAUCAUUCGAUUAUUAUUAUUAUCUCUGGUACACUAGUGUUCUUUAUGAGAAACAUCUGAGGGAAGUGGCUUAAGUAAAACAUGUAUUUAAUCUCUAUAAAAUAUAACUGCAAUAAAAAAUACCUCAGUUUUUUAUAGGACGUUGUUAAGCACAUUCUGCUUAAGAUUUAAGAAAAUGCAUGUAAAGAAUAUCUUUAAUAUUAGAAUUUAUCUAAAAGGGUAAUGUUACAAGUGAAUAUUUGCAUUAUUAAAGCACAAAGAAUUUGGUAUUGGUUGGUUGGCUGGUUGACUUUCAAAAAGCAUCCACUUUAUACUAGGGCUGGGGCGAUUCACUAAUCCGGCUAUUCAAUACUAUGCCAAUUUUUGUGUGCUGGUUCAAUACAUAUUGCGAUUAUGUGGAUAUUGCGAUUCAUUGUUUUAAUCUUUGUGCUUUUUGUUUGCCUACACUCUAAAAAAAAUAUUUAACCCAGGGCUGGGUAACUAUAGGACAGAACACAUUUCUGGGUUAAAAUUACCCAAAUAAUGGGUUGUUUUAACCCAACUGCUGAGUUAUUGUUAAUCAACCAUGUUGAAACAACCCAGCAGUUGGGUUAAAACAACAAAUCUUUUGGGUCAUUUUAACCCAGAAAUGUUUUCUGUCCUAUAGUUACCCAGCCCAGGGUUAAAAACAACCCAAUAUUUUUUAGAGUGUAAUAAAGACUAGACAAUUGAAAAUACUUGAUCAUACCCUUAAACAGUCUGUAUAUGAGUCAUAUUAACAAAAACAAUGCAUUAGGCCAACAUCUUUCUGAAUUUUUAUUUCAGAAGCAGACCACAUAGUGCAUAUUUUAAAGUACCUUAAACCAUAAAACUAUACCAAAACCCUGAACUUGAAUAUAAUAUCCAAAUGUGCAACAUAAUGAGUAAAAACAAUCUCUGAAAUAAAAUAAAGUGCUGUGUUAAACUGUUCUAUAAAUAACAGCAAAAUAAUCAACUGAAAAUGUAUUGAAGACUCUAGACAAAUAAUAUGUGCUACAAACUUCAAACUAAACUAAUGCUUGAGAAAGAAAGUGCAGUGCGUGGUUGUGACUUUUAAAACAAGAUCCAGUUGUUUAUUAUCGCUAUAGAAACCGAAGGCACGUUUGAGACGGCACAUGCACAUUGACUGACUCCGAUCAUCGGGUUUCACGCCGUUAAUUAGACCCGAGUCCUCCUUUAAUGCAUUCAAUUCAUCUCAAGUUUAGAAACAUGGAAGGAUACAAAGUGACACGGAGCUUUUGCAACCAAAUUCAACGAUAAACAGAGAGCACGCGAAUGCACUGAACUCAUCGGGAGAUACACGCAAAAUGUCAUUACCAAAGAGUGUCAUUAUCACGUGAAAGUGCAGAAAUGAUUCUCAAAGAGGUUUGUUCCCCUUUCUCUGCCAUGGCUUCGCUUUCUCACUCCAGCUCGAAACGGAUACGACAUUAUCUAUUACAGACAACAACAAAUACGUUUUUCCCUUUGUUGGAAUAAAAGCGGUAAUGUCUUCCCUCCACCUUAUUAGAAAAGUAAAAUAAUUAAAAAUAGAUUCUGAGGUAAACAAAUCGAUUUCAAAAUCGCUUGAUAAAGAAUCCCAAUAGUUUGGUGAAUCGAUUUUUUUCUCCGACCCCAACUUUAUAUUUCUUGAUCACAUACUAUUAUCUGUUUUGAAGAUGAAUGGUGUUUCCUUUAAUACACCUGUAACACUGUGGUUAUUUUUGGACAUGUACCAUUUUGGAUACCAUGGGUAUUUACAAGAUGGUAUUUCCAUUCAGGCAGUCUACCCCAAAAGUCAUUUUUCUUACCCCCUCUAUUGCACAGCGUGUAGUGUUUGGUUUAAAACUUUCAAGGAUGACUCACAAUGAGCUUUUCUUUUUAUUAGCCAUCUUUUCGUUUAGAGUAACUUGAGAGCAAUAGUUCUGACCUGGACAGUACAUUAAACCAUGGUGAUGAUAAAUGCUUGAGCCAUUGUGACUUGUAGAGAAUCAAUAGGAAUUGUGCAUACGUAAAUAUGUAUAUCAGCAAGUUCUGACAUGCCUGAACAUUAGUGUGCGGUAUGUGUAGUGUUAACCCUCUAAAGCACAAUUUAAGGUACAAAGGUCGGAAAGCCUUUUAACACUUUUAAUUUUAAGAACCUUUGGCAUCACUGUGAAGAACCCUUUGUAGUACCUUUAUUUUUUAAGAGUGUAACCAGCCCCUUCACUGCCUUUAGGGUACAGCCAUGUAAUAAUCAAAUAAGCUCUUCUGAUCAACAAACUAUUAAAAAACCAUAGCUAAUGUUAAACUCCACUUAAAAUUUAGAAUUUUUUAACCUUAUACUACAGAAAUAUUACUAAAAAGCUUACUAAGGAAUCACACUUGCCAAGAUCCGAAGACAACAAUUGAAUUUUAAUCACAUUCAGCAAAACACUGCCCUGAAAAAAAAUCAGACAGAUCAGUUUAAGAAUAUCUUAAUAUCGGAAAGUUUUUUCAAUAGUACAAAUGUGAUAGAGAAUCUCUGUAGAAUGCAAUACAUUCACAAAAGCUGUAUUUAUUUUAAUCCUCUUUCUUAUUUUUUAUUUCUUGGGACUUUUUGACUCUUGUGUCCAGAACCAUGACCCUUUCUUUCUUUUCAUGUUGGAUAUUUUUCAUGUCUUUUCAAUAUUAUGGAAAUACAAUUGUAUGAUUAAGGUAGAACAAAUUUUACUGCAAACUGACAAGAGCUUCUACCAAAAAUGGAAAAAGGUUUUACCAAAAAUAAAUGGAAAACAGUAAAAAUUGUGGGAAUAAUGACAAUUAAAUGGAACAAUAAGGGAAAAUAAUAGAAAAACAAAUGUAUUAGCUUGUCGUGUGUUGGGACAGUGUGACUGUGAAUGCUUGUCCACUUAUAUAUCCGUUUUAUUUGUUUUUGACUUUAUUUAACACUUAUCAUUUUUGUCUUUUUUGUGAAUUACUAGAUUUCUGUCUAAGUGUUCUCAUGGAUGACAUAUCAGCGUACUUUGUUCUUGUGUAACGUUUUAGCGUUAGCACUAAAAAUAAAAAUUAAUAAAGAAAAAAGAAAACGUAUAAUGCCUAAGAUAAAUAAUGACUAACAGAAUGUAAUCAAAACUAAAUGUGUGGGUAAUUUCUCUGUGUUAUACUAUCAACAACUGGAAAAAAUAAACAGAUCAAAAUGA